AUGUCUCAAAGUAUAAACAAAAAUCCAAAGUGCUUGUACUACUUGUUGAAACAAGAAUCAAUGAGUUCUUCAACAUCCAAAUCAUAUGAAACAAAUAUAUCUAGUGAAGAAAAUCCUAAAAGCACUAAAGACACCAUAGAAAAAUCUAGUUCAGCUGGACAUUAUUCAGCAAAAUGUUUGUAUUGUGCAUCUAAAUGGGCAAGAAGUGAGCCACAAAAACUUGAGGCUCAUCUUGCACUUGAAUGUGCUUAU